UUAUAAUUACGGUAAAACCUUUAGCAAGAUUGAAUAGUAAAAAAAGUUAUUCUUCAAAAAUAAUAAACCCUUGCUCGGUGACCCAUAAACCCUAGUAGGUGGUGAAAAAAGGAGAAGAAUUGAAGAAGAUUACACCCAUGGAACCUUCGUAUCGGUGCGAAUCAUGGAGGCCACCCUAUCCAGUUCAUCAUCAUCAUCAUCAUCAUUAUCAUCACCACCACCAUCACCACCAUCCGAUGAUUCUAUGUCGCCAUCACCACCACCACCAUACAGUCCUCUGCCCUCUCCACCACCACCACCACCUCGUUACUUGUCAUUCCCACGUAAGCCCUACUUUGGCUCCUCCUCUUUUGCAGAACCACUUGAAUUUGGAGUCCACGACUGUUCAAAACGAAGCGCACCAUUCUGGUACCUUGGUGUUGCAAGAACAAGAGUAUGAAAGACAGGGAGAGGAAGAGGAAGAGGAAGAGGAGGAGGAGCCAAUUUUUGUUCUAACGGAUGAAUGGAGAGAGUUUUUUGCGAAAUCCGAAGCAAAGAGAAAAUUAGAGAAGAAACAGGCCAAGAAGAAACAGAAAAAUUGAAGGAUAUUUUGAGGAUAUGCUAUAGUAUGUAAGUAGAUAUUUAACCCAACAAUUUGUAAGGUGUUUCCAUGAGAUUUUCGAAUUAAAAUGGUCACUAACUUACGGUUAGACGCGGGCUGUACACAAAUUGUUUAAAUUUCUCGUCAACAUGAGGCUGAUACAAGAUUCUAGCUCCUGUGUUUAAACCAACUGGUUUACUUGAAUAGCUUUGACUGAUGUUAUGGCUUUUUUCUUUUUUCCUGUAAUAGCCUAGAUUUGAUGCCUGAAUAUGAGGUUGAAUCAUAGUAUGAAGAUUUGCUUCAUGCUCAAAUACAAACUUGAUGUUCUGACUACUGAUAAUCUUUGAUUAAUUUAUGAAAUUCUUUUGUUGAAUGUUUGGUGGAAGCAUUGUCCUGGGGGGAACAGAAUCACAGUUUUGAGUAUUGAUUGGUGCAUUUUAUGAAGAGAUCAUGCAAUUUUUUUUGCCAAUAAGAUUGGCUCUUUUGAGUAUUCGAAAAGAGUGAGACCCUUGACAGGAGAACAUAGAAUUAUUCUUCUCAACAGAUUGAACAUUUAUUCAGGAAUGUAAAGGGAUAGUCUACAAACUUUUUUAAUAGCACCAUUAUGGUAUGUUAAAGAUGAUUUCACUUCUGCCUUCACCAUAUUACCUGUUUCCUUCCGUACAACGGAGAAGAAAAUAAUAUGGUAAAGAUGAUUUCACUCAGCAAAUGCAGUAUUUCUUUCUGAUUAAAUAGACGAGGUUAAGUGUCUCAUCAGACAAAUAGAAUAUUAGUUUUCCAUAGUUGACUGAUCAAAGCUAUACUGGUAGUCAAAGGGGUUAGAUAGCCUUUGCCAAAUGUGAAAUAUUCAUAUUUAAUAAAUGUGGGAUAAUACCAUUCUAGCAAAGUAGAGACAAGCAGGGAGUAUCCACUCAUCAAAUUCCGUUC